CCUGCCCUCAGCCUCCGAUCUUUAGGAGACACCCAGCCCCAGCAAUUGGAUUGGGCAGCCUGUCUUGACACACCACUGUGCUGAGUGCUUGAGGACGUGUUUCAACAGAUGGUUGGGGUUAGUGUGUGUCAUCACGUUCGAGUGGGGAUUAAGAGAAGGAAGGCUGCCUUGCUGGAGCUGUGUGGUCUUCUCCAAGUGAGGGUUGCAGGCAACAGAACUACUUCACUUUUGGAAGAAGAGGAGAGAUUCAUUUCCAGCAGCCACAAGAAAAGCAGUUUUUUCAGAUGCUGAGGAGAAUAUAAAAUAAGUAUAAGAUACCAUCCUUGCCCUAAAGAAAUAUCUAGUGUCGCUGCAAGAAAAGACGUGCUGACAGACCUCCACCAUCUUCUGAAGAAGGUGAAUUUGGUAAAUGACAUGCAGAUUCCCCAGGGCAGAAUAAUUGCAGAAAAUCUUCAAAGGACCCCAUCUGCAGAUGUUCGGAACACCUCUGAGUAUAGAAAUUGAUUAGUCAACCAGGAUACCUAAUUCAAGAAACCAGGAGCCUGAGACGUUUUGUCUAUUUGGCUACAUUGGACCUGAUAAAAUGAAGUGUUCUUGCUGGGCUCUGGUUUUGGCUGUCGUGGGCACAGAGUUGCUGGGGAGCCUUGGUUCCACUGUCAGAUCCCCAAGGUUUAGAGGACGCAUUCAACAGGAGCGAAAAAACAUCCGCCCUAACAUCAUUCUUGUACUCACCGACGAUCAAGAUGUGGAGCUGGGGUCCCUGCAAGUCAUGAACAAAACCAGAAAGAUCAUGGAACAUGGGGGGGCAACCUUCACCAACGCCUUCGUGACCACUCCCAUGUGCUGCCCCUCACGGUCUUCCAUGCUCACCGGGAAGUACGUGCACAACCACAACGUCUACACCAACAACGAGAACUGCUCUUCCCCCUCGUGGCAGGCGAUGCACGAACCGCGGACAUUUGCUGUGUAUCUGAACAACACUGGCUACAGAACAGCCUUUUUUGGAAAAUACCUCAAUGAAUAUAAUGGCAGCUAUAUUCCUCCUGGUUGGCGAGAGUGGCUUGGAUUAAUCAAGAAUUCUCGUUUCUAUAAUUACACUGUUUGUCGCAAUGGCAUCAAAGAAAAGCAUGGAUUUGAUUAUGCAAAGGACUACUUCACAGACUUAAUCACUAACGAGAGCAUUAAUUACUUCAAAAUGUCUAAGAGAAUGUAUCCCCAUAGGCCCAUUAUGAUGGUGAUCAGCCAUGCUGCGCCCCACGGCCCCGAGGACUCGGCCCCACAGUUUUCAAAACUGUAUCCUAAUGCUUCCCAGCACAUAACUCCUAGUUAUAACUACGCACCAAAUAUGGACAAACACUGGAUUAUGCAGUACACGGGCCCCAUGCUACCCAUCCACAUGGAAUUCACAAAUAUUCUGCAGCGCAAAAGGCUCCAGACUCUGAUGUCCGUGGAUGAUUCUGUAGAAAAGCUGUAUAAUAUGCUAGUGGAAACGGGGGAGCUGGAGAACACUUACAUCAUUUACACAGCCGACCACGGUUACCAUAUCGGGCAGUUUGGACUGGUCAAGGGGAAAUCCAUGCCAUACGACUUUGAUAUUCGAGUGCCUUUCUUUAUUCGUGGUCCAAGUGUGGAACCGGGAUCCAUAGUCCCACACAUUGUGCUGAACAUUGACCUGGCCCCUACUAUCCUGGACAUCGCUGGGCUCGAUGCCCCUCCUGACGUGGAUGGCAAGUCUGUCCUCAAACUUCUGGAUCUGGAAAAGCCAGGUAACAGGUUUCGAACAAACAAGAAGGCCAAAAUUUGGCGUGAUACAUUCCUGGUGGAAAGAGGCAAAUUUCUGCGUAAGAAGGAAGAAUCCAGCAAGAAUAUCCAACAGUCAAAUCACUUGCCCAAAUAUGAGAGGGUCAAAGAGCUCUGCCAGCAGGCGAGGUACCAGACGGCCUGUGAACAGCCUGGCCAGAAAUGGCAGUGUAUUGAGGAUACAUCUGGCAAGCUUCGAAUUCACAAGUGUAAAGGAUCCAGUGACCUGCUCACCGCCAGGCAGAGCACGCGGAACCUCUACUCUCACGGCUUCCAUGGCAAAAACAAAGACUGCAAUUGUGCGGAAGCUGGUUAUCGCAGCAGCAGGAGCCAGCGGAAAAGUCAAAGGCAGUUCCUGAGAAACCAGGGUACUCCAAAGUACAAGCCCCGAUUUGUCCAUACUCGGCAGACACGUUCCUUGUCAGUUGAAUUUGAAGGCGAAGUAUAUGACAUAAACCUGGAAGAAGAAGAAUUGCAAGUGUUGAGACCAAGAAACAUUGCCAAGCGUCAUGACGAUGGCCACCAGAGGCCAGGAGGUCGCCAGGCCGCCAGCGGUGGGGAUGGAGACGGGAUGCUGGCAGACAGUGGCAAUGCAGUGGGCCUGCCCACCACUGUUCGAGUGACACACAAGUGCUUUAUUCUUCCAAAUGACACAAUCCAUUGUGAGAGAGAGCUGUACCAAUCUUCUAGAGCAUGGAAGGAUCACAAGGCAUACAUUGAUAAGGAGAUUGAAGCUCUGCAAGACAAAAUAAAGAAUUUAAGAGAAGUUAGAGGACACCUAAAGAGAAGAAAGCCUGAAGAAUGUGUCUGUAGUAAACAGAACUAUUACAAUAAAGAGAGAGGUGUUAAAAAGCCAGAGAAAUUAAAGAGCCAUCUUCACCCAUUCAAGGAGGCUGCUCAAGAAGUAGACAGCAAACUCCAACUUUUUAAAGAGAACCGCAGGAGGAGGAAGGAGAGGAAGGAAAAGAAGCGCCAGCGGAAGGGAGAUGAGUGCAGCCUUCCUGGCCUCACCUGCUUCACACAUGACAACAACCACUGGCAGACAGCCCCGUUCUGGAAUUUGGGAUCUUUCUGUGCUUGCACAAGCUCUAACAAUAACACUUACUGGUGUUUGCGUACAGUUAAUGAAACACAUAACUUUCUCUUCUGUGAAUUUGCUACUGGUUUUUUGGAGUAUUUUGAUAUGAAUACAGAUCCUUAUCAGCUCACAAAUACAGUUCACACAGUAGAACGGGGCAUUUUGAAUCAGCUACAUGUACAACUGAUGGAGCUCAGAAGCUGUCAAGGUUAUAAGCAGUGUAACCCAAGACCCAAGGGCCUUGAAGUUGAGGCCAGCUAUGGGAAGGAUGGGAAGGUUAAUCUGCCCAGUCUUAACACAAACAUCAACUGGCAAGGCCUGGAGGAUUUAUACAGUGUGAAUGAGAGCAUCUAUACGUACAGACAAAACUACAGACUUAGUCUGGUUGACUGGGCUGAUUACUUGAAGGAUGUAGAUAGAGUAUUUGCACUGCUGAACAGUCAACAUGAACAAAAUAAAACAAGCAAGACUAACCCCACUCCAGAUGAUGGGUUCCCAGCUCCAUCUCCUGCACACUCUGUACCAGUGGAGAUGCCCUCUGCUGAGGCAGGUGACGACCCAAGUCGUGUGGCCGGGGAGUCACCUCAUUUGCCCAUGCCAGCCAACUCCAGAACCCUGCGUUUGCACCAACCAACAUUAAGUCCAGAGAAUAAACUUGAAUGGAAUAAUGACAUUCCAGAAGCAAGUCAUUUGAAUUCUGAACACUGGAGAAAUUGUAAAACUGAAAAACAAAUGGGACAGGAAGAGAUCAAUCAUCUUGACACCGAUUUCAGUGGCAACGGCAUGACAGAGCCCGCGGUCGAAUACGGCCCCUUGCUGCAGCCCGUUCGCGGGCAUCAGAAAGAAUUUUACCAGGCCAGCCGUCCAGGCGAAGGUGUUUUGGAAGAUCAGCUGUAUCUUCCUGUGUGUUUUGAUGGGACCUCUGGCCAUCCCAUGAGCAGCCUGUCCACCGUGGGGCAGCCUGAGAACCCCAGCGUGGUGGACAGGAUGUCAGACACAGUGGAGAAGAAUCACAAAAGGGAGAGGGUUCAGAGCCCAGCAGGCAGUGCCUCCUCUCCACUCUCCCCUGAUUAGAUGACCUUGUUACCUUAUACACAGUAUUUUUUUUAACUUUUUACUAGUAAACGUAUAAAGGCAAUCAUGGCUACCAACAUUCCAAGCUAUUCUAGAUAGAUUCGUGCAGUAGAAAUUUCUGUGCAUAUGAGCAACAUGAACACAGGGACUCGUUAUUUUAAUUCACUCUUUUUCACAACUAGAAAGCAAGUAUUUCUGUCCUUUUCCUUUUUUAUACUACAACAGUAUUACCUUUCCAGAGUUGUGGGGACAUGAACAUAUAAAUGUUAUCCAACCAAAGUGGCAAGAAAUGUGACUUUUUUAAGUUUCUAGAUCAUCAGUGAAUUCUUUAGCACACUUCCACUGCCUGCAUAGUGGAAUUUUGAUUCACUUUAAACCACUGGAAUUUUCGAAUCCAUGUUAAGUGAUUUUGCACUUUGAUAUCUGAAUGCCGUAUCUAUUUGGUGAGUCUCAUUGCUCCCAGUGUGACAGUAAAAUAAACUCCCAUGGACAACAAACAGUAGGGCUCACAUAUUGUGUAACAUCAGUCUUUUGCCAGAAACUAUUGCAUGUGUUUUACCUCGACUUGCUAAACUCGAUUAGCAGAAAGGCCUGGAUAAGAAUGUUGGCAGUAAAAAUAAAUAAACAAAACAUCACCUGCUUUCUCUGUAUCUAGCCUCCAGGUGCUCAUCAUAUCCUUGUGAUUGCAAAACUUUAAUUUCUUGGCCUUGUUUAUAAGCUUAAGUGUUGAGAAAAUGUAUAGUUUUGAAUUUACAUAAAAGGAAUGUUUUCCAAUAAAAUAAACUCACAAAUGUCUCAUAACUGAAACAUACCAUAUGCAAGGUUAAUUUCACAACAUUGCAUUGUUUGAUUAAGGCCUUCACCAAGUUCUGAUUUUUGAAGGCAGAGUUAAAAAUUGCUGUUGAAAAUCUGUAUUCUUGAAAAUACUCUUGGUUUGGUAUCAGAUUUUUACAUACCAGCAAAAGGAUUACCUCAUUGAGAGUUAUCAGAACCCUAUUUAACUUUUUUUUGUUUUGUUCUGUUGUUUUGCUUAAGUGAUUUUAUUUUUAGAUAAUUCAAACAUAGGUAAAUUAUGUUUAAGUGUCUAAACUCUUUUAAAGAAAAUUUGUAAUUGUUGAAAUCUUUGAUAACGUUACGAAAGUCUUUAUCAUAGACUGUACAUAUGUUAAAAUUAACUAGCUGUUUAUCAGAUAUGUCUUCACCUGAAUGGCAAACUAAACAUAUUUAUGAUCAUGAAUGAUGUUCUUUGUAAAAAGAUUUCCAGUUAUUAGGCAGCAUACUGUGUUUUUUAAUCUUGUAUAAUAUUCUAUGAUACUUUUAUAGAACAAUUCUGGCUUCAGGAAAGUCUAGAAGCAAUAUUUCUUCAAAUAAAAGGUGUU